AUGGGAAAAGUUCACGGAUCUCUCGCUCGUGCCGGUAAGGUCAAGAGCCAAACGCCCAAGGUCGAGCCGCAGGAGAAGCCCAAGAAGCCCAAGGGCCGCGCAUACAAGCGCAUCCAAUACACUCGCCGUUUCGUUAACGUCACCAUGACUGGCGGCAAGAGGAAGGUAAGGAGACAGCUCUUGAUGGUGGAAGCCGGUUUUGCCACGAACGGGUCUGACGAGACACAGAUGAACCCCGCCCCUACCACAUCCUAA